AUGCUUCGAACCUACAUCCAUUCCGACGAACGCGAGUGGGAGCGUUUGCUUCCGGCCCUGGAACUUGCCCACAACACGACAAGCCAUUCCUCCACCGAGCUCUCUCCCUUCGAAGUCAUGAUCGGCGAGAACCCGUUGACUGCUGCGAAUCUUGAUACCGAAGCCGAUACCGCCUGGCCCCGUAUCCGCGAUGUGGCAGGCAAUCCGACAGAGGACUAUGAAGUCGAUCAUAUUAUGGACCAACGCGGCUCGGGAGAUGAAGCUCAGUACCUCGUGAAGUGGCGCUGGCCCCCUGAUGACCAAGUCACAUGGGAGCCCGCUCACCACCUUACAGGAUGUCAGGCUUUGCUCCGUGCUUGGCACUGCCGUCAGAGAAGACGUCUUCAGUGUCGAAACAACAUUGGUCCUUCCGACGCGUAG